AUGUUUGGUCCUAAUCGAAAAUCACUUAUACCACAGGUCAGCAACUCAGCUCAGCGAUCGUCCAUCACUUAUACACCUGUGGGAGGGCGUGGGCCACCACAUAUAGGAUAUUCCUCUUUACGAUCUUCUAAAAGUGGUGCAUCCGGUGAGCAGCGAUAUAGUUUGGCGAUGAGUGGUGCCCCAUCUACAGCAUCGAAGCGAAGCAGCUCAUUUUUUAAAUCAAUAGCAAAUCCCGGCGUUCUCAAGGAUUCUCGCAAUCUGAAUGAUCGUCAUUUUCAGCAGGAAAUGCAACGCAAAGUUUUGCAAUAUUUGAUUGAUGAGAACUAUUCGCAAACUAGCGAAAAACUUGUCAAAAGUCCGACGAAAGCUGAGUUUGCGCGGAUGUUUGAAUUUAUCUUUCAACAAUUGGCAUCAGAUUUUACGUUGCGGAAGAUUGAAGAUGAGAUGCCUCGCCUUUUCCGCGCUUUAGGUUAUCCGGUGCAAUUGAAGCCUUCUACCAUGCAAACCAUUGGCGCAGCGCAUACCAUGCCACAUCUGCUUGGUGCUAUCACCUGGCUGAUUGAUUUGAUUCAAAUGUUGGAGGGAAUAUCGCCACAGGAUUUACUUCUUGCGAAUGAAGAAGGAGAUGGUCAGAGAAGAUCGUUAUCUUACGGCUACAUAGUUCGAUGUUAUAAGAAAUACUGCAAUAAUCCACUGUUGGGACUCACUAUGGAUAAUUACGAAGAUGAGAACAAUGUCCUUCUUCAACUUAUUGAAGAAAAAGAAGAUAUCGCGCAACAAGAAACUGAAUUAGAUGCGCAGAUUCUCACGUUAACAGAUGAAAUUGCAGAACUCUGUAAGGAUAAGGCAUGUUUUUAUCACAUUACUCUGUCCGGACAUCUUGAUGAGCUUCAAACAAAUACUAAAAUGCUGGAGAAAGACUUGAAAAACUUACAGACAUUUAAGGACGAGCAACAAGAAAAACUUAACGAAGAAAAAAAGAAAAGGAAAAUGCUCAGUUGCUUGUUUAAAAUUAUUUUGCAGGAAAACUUGGAAAAUGAAAUGCAGUGGUACGAUCGAACGAUUGCUACUCUUAAAGAACAACUUUCUGCCAAAGAAAAGCAAUUAGCAGCGCAGUCAAUGACUGGUGAAGAAGCAAGAGCUCUUCGUGCUAGAAGAGAGGAGUUGAAAGCUCAAAUUGAAAUAGCAAAUAAGGAGCGACAGAAUAUUGAACUCGAAAAUGAUGCAAUUCUUUCCGUUAAUUUUAAAGAAGCUUCUCAGUUACGUGAACGUUAUCGAGCAUUCAUUAGGGCCUUCGAGGAUGUAAGCAGAACUGUGUAUGGGAUCUAUGAUCCGUUCUUUGCUGUUCUGGAUCAACAUUCUCCGAAUGAGCCCCAUUUUCCGGAACUUAUGGACGAAAUUGAAAAGAAGCUAGAUGGACUUAGCAAGGAUAUUAACGAUUGGAUUAAGGAUCUGGAAGAUAAGCUAAUAACUAUAAAUCAAGAUGCAGCUGAGUUAAGACAAAAGAAAGCAUCUUUAGUAGAAAAUUUGAAGCGUAUUCAGCGGCAGAUUUCAAAAACGUCCCAUGAUUUUACGCUCAAGCGUGAAGAUUGGGAAGACGAGCGUCAAAAACUAUCGUUGGAAGUGGAUGUGGCACAGAAUGAGCUUGACAGCUUGCAUGCCCUUCGUAAUGGGAAACUUUCUGUGCACGAACAGCUUGCGGAAGCACGAAAGACGUUGCAAUCUCGACAAAUCGAAUGUGAUGAAGCAAAGAAGAAAAUUGUGAAUGAAGUGGCGGUGAAGUUUUCGACUUUAGUGGAACAGUGGGAACAUCUCAAGAAAUGCCAUGAUCAACUACGUAGCGAUGAAAAGCUAUUGCGAGAAGCUUUAAAUAACUUAAUUGAUGACAACAGAUAG